CUCUCUCCUUGUCUGUCCGGCAGAUCCAGGUGUCAUACUACCCUCCAGGCCAGUACCCCAGCUCAGGCCAGCAGUACAGGCCCAUGUCCCACCAGGUGUCUUACCCCCAACAGCGUGCCCAGCCCCAUGCCCCAGCCAGCACAGCAGUCUGCUGGUAUCCAGACUAUGAUGCCCAGUCAACAGCCAGCGUACCAGAGCUUGAUGGGGGUACAGCAGCCUCAGAACGCCGGCAUGAUGAACUCCCAGAGAACCAACAUGGGAGGCCAGAUGCAAGGCCAGAUGCAAGGCCAGAUGCAGGGUCAGAUGCAGGGUCAGAUGCAAGGGCAGAUGCAAGGUCAAAUGCAAGGGCAGAUGCAAGGUCAGAUGCAAGGCAUGAUGGUCCAGUAUCCGCCAAUGCCCUCCUAUCAGGUGCCCGUGGCCAAUGAGAGCCAGCCGGUGGUGCAGCAGCAGUAGCAGCCAGUGAUGGUUCCUGCCACGCAGUCGGUACAGGGGCCCAUGCCAGGCACGGCCAUGCCAGUCUACUACAGCGUCCUAACGCCCACUCAGCAGAACAGCACAAGUCCGUCAGUGGGCUACUUGCAGUCGGCCAGCUCUGAGCAGUAGAUCACCCAGUCCCCUGCGCCAUGCAACCCCCAGCAGAUGCAGCAGCAAUAUUCAGGUGUACCACCUCCUGGUCCUGGGGUCAUGGUGAUGCAACUGAGUGUUCCAAAUGGACCCCAGCCCACCCAGAAUCCCCCCAUGGUCCAGUGGAAUCCCUGCAAGUACUACAGCCUGGAGCAACGACCCAGCAAGCCUGGGGAGCUCUACAAGCCUGACUCCAGUCCACAGGCCAGUAAUCAGCUGGGCAGCCCGCUGGCCUCGCCCGCCCAGUCCCCCACCCCGUCGCCGUCCGGCAGCGUCAGCAGCGUGUGCCCAGGCCUCGGCCCUCUGCCCCUCAUCUCCCAGUUCUCUCGGCCCGGAGGACCCGCACAAGGCGAUGGGCGCUACUCUCUGCUGGGCCAGCCACUGCAGUACAGCCUGUGCCCCCCGCCCCUCAUGCACAACCAGUCCUCCUACAGCUCCCAUCAGGGCCCAGGGGUCAUGAAGCACGGAGCACGAGGCAAAAAACAGACCCUCAAGUCUGCUUCCACAGACCUGGGUACCACUGAUGUGGUGGUGAGCCGGGUGCUGGAGGUGACGGACCUCCCCGAGGGGAUCACCCGCCUAGAGGCCGAGACGCUCUUCAACCAGCUCUCCCUGUGCGGCGCCAAGAUCCAGUGGCUGAAGGACGCGCACGCAGGCCCGGGCCAGCAUCAGCAUCAUCAGCAGCCACCGCGGGGAGGUCCAGGCCCCGGGUGCCCCUCUGGGGCGGGGCUCAGCGCGGGGGCAAGGGGGGAUGGCAGCGACCCGGCGUACCUCUACACGGUGGUGGCCGUGUUCCCCAGCACCAUGGCCGCCCAGAGCGCUUCCUUCAAACUCAACAACAGCGGAGGCAGCCUGUUCAAGCUACGCGCCGCCAGAAAGAACUAUGACCUGCACGUGCUGGAGCGAGCCAGCUCCCAGUGAACAGAGAGAGAGCAUGAGAGAGAGAGAGAGAGAGAGACAGACAGACAGCGCAUGAGAGACAGAGAGCGCAUGAGAGAGAGAGACUUGGGAAGGGUGGAAGGUGGACAGAAAGAAGUGCUGUUUGUUUUUUCAGAGGGAAAAGGAUAUGGGAUGAGAGGAGCUGAUCCUGGCCCUACUGUAUGAAUUAAAACACAACACGGUUAUUUCAAACACAACACGGUUAUUUCAAACAACACGCUUAUUUCAAACACAACACGCUUAUUUCAAACACAACACGGUUGUUUCAAACACAACACGGUUGUUUCAAACACAACACGGUUGUUUCAAACACAACACGGUUGUUUCAAACACAACACGCUUGUUUCAAACACAACACGCUUGUUUCAAACACAACACGGUUGUUUCUUACGGUUGGGCUCCUUCACACUUUCUUGGAAUCGUUACCUGAAGAGCACACAAGACACGUGAGCAUGUGUAUCUCUGUUGCCAGGUAUAGUACACACACACACACACACACACACACACACACACACUCACUCAGAUAGCAGGUCCCGUAGCACAUAUGGACACACUGGACAGCAGAACCUCAACUAAUCCUCGGCCCCAGCGACCCCCCCCCCCCCUCUUCUUUUUCUGUCUCCAGGCCAAGUUCUCCUUUUGUCCCAGACUCCUGGCUUCUCCUGGCCCCCCCUGUCCUUCUCUCUCUACACACAUAGCCUACUCUAUUGUGUAGUACGGUCACACACAUAGCCUACUCUAUUGUGUAGUACGGUCACACACAUAGCCUACUCUAUUGUGUAGUACGGUCACACAGUGUCAGUAACGUUAUCCUCCUGUUCUGAUCUUUUCCCACUUUCCUCCCUUCCUGACAAUUCUCUGCUGCUCUUUUUUCUCACCUCUUCAUGCUUUCUCUCUCUCUCUCUCUCUCUCUCUCUCUCUCUCUCUCAUAUGCUCUCUCUCUCGCUCUCUUUCUCCCACUGUCUCUCUCUCUCUCAUAUGCUCUCUCGUGCUCUCUCUCUCCCACUCUGUCUCUCUCUCUCUCUCUCUUGUGCUUUGGAGUCUCAGAUCUCUCUUACUGCUGUUGUGGGUUUCUGUAUUGCGCUGUUUUUUUUCCUCAGAAAAAUAUUGUUAAAUUUUUCUUUUUUGGUUCGAUAUAUUUAUAUAAGUGAUGUAUGGAUUAUAAAAUGAUAUAUAUAUAUGUGUAUAUAUAUAUAUGUGUGUGUAUAUGUAUAUAUAUAUAUAUAUAUAUAUAUAUCACACACACACAUACAUAUAUAUACAGUGAUUUCUUUUUUUUCAGUGGAUAAGUUAAAGAACCUCUUUUUAUCCUGCCUUCCUCUCCUCCACCCCCCCCCCCCCCUUUCUCCGCUGCCUCCACCUGUCCCCUGCAUUGUGUUUGCAUUUGUUUUGUUGACCGCCAUGCAGGACGUAUCAGAGGAAGUAUUAAAAAGUGCACAAUGAUUGCAAAUGUCUACUGUAAAUUCCAUUUAAUCUGUUAUUUUUGUUUUUAAAAAUAUAAAAGACGAGAAAAGA